CGCUGCGGGCGGUGUCGGGCCGUGUGCGUGUGUGCACCCUUCACGCGGCGGGGAACUGACUCAAAGUCAAACACUCCCAGGCAUUUGCGGCGUGGCCGCCAGCCCUCCCGCCCGAGGGGGCGGACGCAGCCCCUCCGGCGGCGCCGGGAUCCCAGCUGAGCCCACGCUCACUCCCGGCCUCCCCCGAGCCAGCCGCUGGGGGCGUCGGCGCCACCCCCGGAGCUGCGGACCCCCGGGCCUGGAGGGUUUAGGACUGGGGUCGCCUCCCUGCUCCAAUCCCUUAUUGGAAUCCACCGCCGCGGGGAUGGGGGCCGGCUGUCCAACUUCAGCGCCAGAGGCCUGCGGCCCCCUUUCCUUCCGGCCAGCACCCCCUCCCCCUCGGUACGUGCACGAGGCGUCCAAGGCGUCGGAAAAAAGUCCCUGGGUGGCUUAUUAAUGACACGGGCAGGCAAAACAAAAAAAAAACAAAAAAACAAAAAACCACACGCGCUGCUCAGAAUUCCGGCCCUGGUGGAGGAAAGUCCGAAGAAGAGGCAUCCGGCCGGGCAAAGAGGUCCUGGGAGAAAGGUGUCAAGAAAUCUUGGGGAGGCCCAGGCCGCUGGAGACAUCCCAGCUACCGAGGCUCCGAUUAGGAAGGGGUUCUGGGAGUGGAGGGGACAAAUUCUUCUCCUGCCGGCCCUGCUCAGAGAGGUGUGAGCGCCACUGGACCAGAGGUGGGGGCUGGGCCUCAGAUAGCCAAAGGGUCCCCACCCUACAGGCAACUGUUGGACCUGGAACAGCCAGGUCCCCCCUCUGACUCCCAGACCAAGCCUGAUGCCUCCUUCCCCUAGCGCCUGGAGUCUCUGCCCUUCUCAAGACUUUGUGUCCCAGUGCAAGUAUCAGAAGACCUUGCCUUUGGGUCUGCAGCGCUGGCAGUCUUCCCUCUGGAGGCCCAACCUUCCUUGAGCACCUGCAAAUUCAGAUGCCCCCGGCUGCUCUUUGAAGCUUUCCCUGCCGCUUACAACCCCCUGCAGAUGCCUUCAUUCACCCAAGUCACUCUAUUGUGGUCAUUUACCUCACCUGCCGGUGCAUGUGUCUAGACGAGAAGCCGCUUGAGGGCCAGACCCAGGCCCUAGUCACAUCUACAUCCCAUCCACAUCCCGAACAGACAGCAGGAACCUCGGGACAGACCCAGCAGUGCUUGUGGGAGCCGCUUGGGCCGUUUCGGCCUUCUUCUGCAGACCCCGUCUGGGAGGGGAUGGGGCGGCUGAGCCAUGUGUACCACCCUCUUCCUGCUCAGCACCUUGGCCAUGCUCUGGCGCCGCCGAUUCGCCAACCGGGUCCAACCAGAGCCCAGCGGACUCGAUGGGGCGGUCGUGGGCAGCAACGUGGACACAGACCUCCAGUCCUCAGGCAGGGAGAAAGAGCCUCUGAAGUAAGCCCUCAUCUCUUCAGGCAGAGCUCGGCCCCGGGGACUGCGGUCAGCUGGCAGAGGCAGGGUGCGGAUGUGACCACGGGGAGUACCUCGCCCAUCCCAAACGUGCAGUUGUGUGGAUGCGGGCAGGGUGGUCCUGGGCCAGGGCGCCCAAGAGGCCCUGGCCCAAGACUAGGUGGGCGUGGCUCCCGAUCUGAGGCAGGCACCAGGCACGAGAGCAGGGUCCCGGCGGUUCCCAGGGACCCUCUAUAGGACCUCACUGUUAGGAAGAAGCCCAAGGCCUUGCGACAGUGGGAAGUAAUGCUUCUUUGCGAGCCCGAAAAGAAGGAAAAUGGCCAAGGUUUACGGAAUGGCCAGGCGUGUGUCUGUGUGAGCGCAUGUGCGCGCCCACACGCGUUUAUUGCCAUAUGCAGAAGCCGGCUGAACGAUGCAUUGAAAGAAAUCAUUUAACGUGUUCCUUGGCCAUCUAUUUAACAAGCACGUACCGGGAGCCUGCAACAUACACACCUUGUGGUAGGUGCCAGUGAUGAAGGGGGACAGUGCCCGACCUGCCAGUGAGGACGACAGAAAGAUCCCGGCCGAGGGAGCCCAGUCGCGCCCGCUCAGCCACUGCCUGGUCACAUGACCUUUCCUUCUCCGGACCUCAGUCUCCCCAUUUACUAGGCAUGUGUUGCGUCGAACCCAAGUGGGCUGGUGCCAGGGUGUAAAGGACUCAUGACCACCCUCAGAGAAAGAACCGUCUGGUAAAAUGAAGGCGAUGGACCACUUGACCUCUGGGGGCCCUCCAGACUCUCCCGAUCAAAAGAGACUAUAAUGGACCGUCUUUGGAGAUGCUGGCAGUGAUCCGCCCGCUCGGCAAACGUUUAUGGAGCGCCUGUGUGCCAGGCACUGUGGAUGCAGAAAUGAAUUCCUGCCACAGACAAUCAGGAAAUUGGGCCAAGCAGAAGAAACAGACGCUUGACAACAGGCAGCACACACGCUGGUGACCCCAGGACUGUCUCAGCAUCUGCCUGUUCCCUGCCUGUGGCAGGGGGAGGGGAAACCAAGCGGACCGCAGUGGUCUUGUCCGGGUGAGGAGACGAGAUCAGAGCUCAAGAGAGCGUGGCGUUCCUAAGGAUAUGCACACGUCGGUGGGAUCCCCAGACAGACACGGGGAAGGUGAUCCGAUGGAGGAAAA